AUGAGUGUCUGGAACGGUGCCCCACAGGGGGUACCGAUUGAAGAUGGGGAAAAUUCGAAAGAGAAAAAUGUGCAAUUGCCAGAAGAAUCGGUUGCUAAAAUCCAAGAUGGCGGAGUGAAAAAACCGUUUGAAAUUUUUUCAUAUAAGGAGAAUGAUGAAGGGCCGUAUAGAGUUGUUGUGCUUAAAAUUGAAGAAAGUGAUGAAAGUGAUGAAAGCGAUGUUGGGCUUAAUAAAAUCUCCGUGGGCAAAGUUCUUAGCCAGAAUGGCUUUAUGAAGGCGGUGCUAGAUAUAAAGAAAGUCGGUCGGAAUAAGGUGAUCGUUUAUCUUUCCGAUCUCAAGGAAGCAAACCGGAUGUGCCAUUGCCAAAAUUUUGCGCUGCGAAAAUUGAAAGCUUAUAUUGCGAAGGAGUUUGUUACCGUUAAAGGUGUAAUUGGAGGCAUCCCGUUUGAUACUGAUGAUGAACUCAAAGAGGAUCUGGUAAGCGAAAAAGAAAUAGUCGAGGUAUUUCGUAUGUUCCGCCGAGACCAAGGUAAGAAGUUUCCAAUUACUAAGGUGGGGGUUGUCUUUCGGAGCAGUCAGCUUCCUCGAAUAGUUCGUUUGUACGGCGUUAACAUUCGAGUUGAACCAUAUAUAUCGAAAACAGUCAUGUGCAAUAAGUGCCUUCGUUUCGGCCAUGUUGCUAAACAUUGUAAGGGCAGACAAAGGUGUAUUAACUGCGGUGAGAGUCACAAAGGAUCCGAUGAAUGCGAAAGAGAGAUGAACUGUGUUCACUGUAACGGAAAGCAUAGAGCGACAGAAGUGCUAUGUCCAGAGCGAGAGAAGCAAAAGAAUAUCAAGCGCAUCAUGGCUAACAAAAACCUUACAUAUCAAGAAGCGAAAGAUGAGUUACGGGUAGCAACAAAAAACGGUUUCAGCAUUUUAGCAGAUCAAAAUGAGUUUCCAACCGUAUAUGAGAGUUAUGCAAAGGCAGUUACGCAAUCUAAAAUGCCAGCUGCACCUAGUCGUCACAACUUAGGUAAACGUAAACAGGUAGCACCAAACAGGAAGGAAUAUACUAAAGUAGAUUUAGUGAAUGAAAUAGCCGGAACUAGCAAGGAAAGUGGGGAUGAGUCCAUUAAGAAUAAAAAACGUAGAGCUACAUCGCAAUUGGUAGUAGCUACAGAUGAAAUUACGAUGGAGCAACAUCUGGAAUUAAGGAAACGCUGGGAGGAUAAAUUGAAGGAAAUGAUUAAACAAAAAGAGUCGUAUAGGGCAGUGAUGAGUUCUUCAUUUCAAAAGCUAACAGAAAUUCUUUCGGGAAAUGAAACUUCGGGAGCGUAUUCUAUGAUGGUUGAACUAUACAAAGCGAUCGGUCAGAUCCUUGGGAUGGAAAUAAGCGAAGAUAUUACGGGAGAUAUGAUUAAUGAUGAGGAACUUCCGAAUACUACAGAAUAA